AUGACAUCAAAAAUCUUAAUUUUGAUCAUAAUUGUCGUGGCUGCAAUAGAAUAACUUAAAUUUUAACCAUGUGAUACAAAACUUAGCAUACUCAAAUUAUUUCCAACUAGAGUUGAAGCCUUAGAUUGGGAUUUAAAAGAUGCAUUCUUUGAAGCCUGUUUUGAAAAAGAAAUGAUAGAAAGUAAGGAUGAAUCAUUUUGUAUUCAUUUGAGUGGAAUUGGAUUAAAUAGAUUCAUUUUAUGCAGAUAAGGUGAAAAUGUUACAACUCCUUAAUUUAAUAAGAAGAUCGCAUCACAAGAGAAAGUUCAUAUCUUUCAUGUCUUGGAGUAGAUUAUCUGAAUAAUACCAGAUCAUUUUGGAUUUUAUUGAUAGUUAAAAAUUACCAUUCACAAUCAAUUUUUUAUAAUUGAUAAGAAUGGAUAUAAGGAAAAAAUUCAUUAGAAUGAAAAUUAUAAUAAUUAUAAAGUGAAUACAUAAACAAUUGUGUUUACAAAUAAAUUAGGACAUGAGCAAACGUUCUUCUUUAGAUUAACUCCAGUAUAUGCAACUUAAAGAUCAGGAUUAGAUUAAUCAUCUUUAAUUAAAGUAUUCUAUAUAGAAAGUGUGGAACACCAAGAUUAUAAAGUAUUUUAGAUAAACCAACUUUAGGAGUAGUGA